AUGGUACACCCCUCCCCAGUACCCUCUUCCCUCCAUCCCAAUUUAUCCCCUCACCACCACCAAUCCCCCUCCCCCCAAACAUCCCAACCAUCCAACCCACCAACUAACCAAAUCCCAAAAAAUAAAAAACAGAGCAAAGACUCCACCCCCACCCACCUCCACAUGCACCACCCCCGACUAGCCGACUACUUCGAAGACUUCACGCGCCCACACCACACCACCUCUUCCUCUUCCUCUCCCUACACAUCCACCGCAACCCAAGCCUUCGCAGCAACAGCAGCAGCAGCAGCAGCCACCACCGGCGGCACCGGCACCUCCCCGACCCUCACGCCCUCCUUCCUCCCCAUCGAAGACAUCUACAUCCCGCCGCAGUAUCAGCCCCCCAACCCGGAGGACGAAGACGAUGUGGUUCCGGAUCAACACGCCGCAUUUGGGAUUGCGAGGGCUAUGGCGCUGCAGGGGAGGAGAGGGGAGGGGGCGUGGAGGGAUUUGGGACUGGAGGGGUUGGUUAGGGGGGAUGGAUCGGGGGGAGGAGAGGCUGCAGGGGCAGGGGCGAAGGUGAGGGUUAGAGGGGAGGGGAGGUUGAUGGGGGGGAGGAGGAGGGUGGUUUGUUUGAGGUGA